AUGUCAGCCCUCUCGUCCUACACCGACAAGCUGCAAGCCAGCAGAGCAACCCUCGCCGCCGCGGCCGGUACGGCCUCUCUGCUCUACCUCUUCUUGAGCAACGCACGUCUACGAUCCAACUAUCCCAAGAUCCUCAAGGCACCCGCCAAAAUCCACAGGCAGCCAUACCCUGCCGACGUCCUGCCCAAUGGCGCCGACUUGGACACGCCCUACGGCACCAUCCGCUACUACGAGUUUGGACCCGAGGACGGCAAGAAGCUGCUGCUCGUCCAUGGCAUCUCGACUCCCUGCCCUGCUUGGAGUCUGAUCGCACCGCAGCUCGUCAAAGCGGGCUACCGCAUUCUGUGCUACGACCUGUUCGGACGAGGUUAUUCCGACUCUCCUCAGGUGACGCACGAUGCAGCGCUGUUCGUUUCGCAAAUCACGCUGCUGCUGGCACACCUCCCGCACUGGGACAAGUUCGAUCUCUGCGGUAUGUCGCUCGGCGGACCGAUCGCUUCGCAUUUCGCUCACUACUUCCCGCAGCGUGUAGAUCGCCUUGUGCUGCUCUGCCCUGCGGGAGGCACACCGAACGCAGACCUGCGCCCUGCCAUCAAGCUCAUCCGCUCGCAACUCGUGCCAAACUCGGUCCUGCAACGACUGCUGCGCUUUGUGCCGCUGCUGCCCACCCCACCAAAAGGGUCGCUGGCGUGGUGGCAGGCCAAGUAUCACCCUGGGUACAAGUUCAGCUUUGUGUCGAGUCUGCAGGACGGGCCGAUCUUUAACAGCCAGCAGGUGCAUCGCGAGGUGGCGCGGCAGUUUGGGUCGAGACUGCGCGUCAUCUGGGGUGACAAGGACGACGUGGUGCCGAUGAGCACGGCAAAGUACUUUGGUCAGAUCGAUCUCGCCAUCAUCCCCAACGCUGGGCAUUUCAUCGUCUUGACACAUGCGGAUGCAACGGUUCAGCACAUGCUCGAUUUUCUGGGCUCUGGCAAGUGA